GACCACACCUUUCUUCAUGCUGACAAACUAUGCUAUUGCAUAGAAGAACUGCAAUAGAAGGCAGGCUACAGGAAGACUUCUCCCGGCGACUCAGGUCUGAGUCCUAUCUCCCUUCGCCAAACGUCUCCAACUUCAUGCCCGCACAGAACGUCAUGUCGAUCAGUACCCAACUGCGCACGUGAACAGCAGCUUGCAGUCUGUCGUCUGGAAAUAACGACUUCUUGAUUCAACACUCCUUCGCCGCAUCCUCGUACACGAUCAAUAGCAUAAACCAACAUCCGCGGAAGCAUGCCAAGCAGCAAUGACACUCGUUUGGUGCGAAAGCCAAGACGCGACUGCAACACGAAUCCUACAAGGACAUAAACGCGUGCCUCUGAUCUGCCUGAUCAUCGUUAACAUCCCAGGCUCUGUACAAUCGAAUGGUCAGGUCCGUCGUGAACACCCUAUUUGGCACCACUUAGCUUUCGAUCUGAUCAUGCUUUCUCGCGCCGCUUUAUACGCGGUUCUCUUCGCAACCUGCACAAUCACCUCGACCAAUGCCGCCGGCUAUGCGACCCGCGAUCCCACGACUCCAGUCUGCUCAGGCUUCACCACCCUCACAAACACAAGCCACGUCUCUUAUUCCGAUGCCAAUCGAGUCAUCUCAAGCGGUGUAGUCUGCAAUACAAGCAACGUGUCCACUUCAUGCAGUGUGCUCAGUGGAGGAUGGUCUGAACUUUACAACUAUGUAUCAUUUGCGAAUGGCACCCAGAUCACAGAUCAGAGGUAUGCCGUCGGAUGGACCAUGUGGAAUUCGACUGGAGACUCUCGGGCGGUGUACGAUACCGCGGGCUAUGGAGCAAUGGAAAAUGAGACUGUCACUUUCGACCAGGGCACCAGUGGAUGGGUCGUGUUUACACCAGAAUACCGCUGUAUCAAUGGGCUAAUCCGAAACUGCCCUGCAAACUUCACUCUGGCAAACGACACUGAAGUCAGAGUCUGCUACCCCAUGUUCACCGACCGAUCAGUCGCUUUCGAGAGCACGACAGGUCACUUCGAAAACAUCAGUAUUAUUGCUGGUCAGAGGUUCAUCAACGAGACCAGUGUGAGCGCUGCUACGCAGUUAAAGGAGAAUCCGAAUAAUCGACCUCCAUACGGGCUUUCGUCUGGCGAUGCUGCGAAAAUGUUUAUUGGGUUUGGAGGAGUGUUGGGAUUAGUGGUGUUUUGGGUAGGAACUUUUGCUUUGUAAAGGAAGGAAGGAGGUGUAGCAUGUCUGGAUAGAUAGAUUUUCCUACCCAAUAGCUAACUCACAGUCUUUACUGUUUGUAGGUAUCGCGUAUUGUUCCCAGAUCUUUGUACCCCAG